AUGCUCAACGAUGAACUUUCGACUAUAAAUUCGACCUCACAACAGGUACAUUUACUCACAUUCAGGAAGGUCGAACGGUUUAUCUCAUUUUGUGGGAAGGUCUUUUUAAAACUUUAAGUUGAGUACAUGUUUAGUCAGGAUUAGGUGAGGGUAGAUCAACAAUCUCAAAGCCUUCUUUGACAAGUGAAAAGCUAAAUAUUACUUUUACGUCUACAUUUUCACAAUAAGGUCUCAGUUAUCAAUUAUAUCUUUUAACUUCAAAAUAAAAUCUAGAAAUUUUGAUAGUGUCUUACAUUUAAAUCACUAAAAUAAUAUGCAAUAUCUUAAUCCCAGGUUGCUCUGACUUUGCACUCGGUCCAUAAAUCUCAAACUUCCAACUUGUUGAUGACGGUUUAAUAGGUGAUCCCCCUUUGUUUACUAGUCAUUCUUCUUUCGGAUUCUUCCAGACCUCAUGUGAUCGCCCAGAUCGAAAACACAACUGUUAUGUCCUUGUUUUCUUGUGCCAUUUCUUCGUCCGCUAUUACUUUGUAUGUGAAGAGCCCGCUUCUCCACAAUAUUGGCUAAAACAACCUUUUGAAAGCGACAAUAUUGGGUUUGAAAGUAAAAAUAUGGGCUUAAAAUAAUAAAUUCAAGUGUCAUUUUGGAGAAGAUGUUUGUUUUACCGAGCUGUAGCUUCUUUUACCGAGCGGUUUUUUGCACUUUCCCGGCGGUUUUUGAUCGUUUAACCAAAACUAUUUAAAACUGCCUCAAGACUUUCGAAAAUAACUUUUAAAGUUAAUGUUGUUCACUGUAACUUCGUAUAAACAAAUCAAGACGUGUUUAUUUUCGAUUCCUUCCUUGAUUGUGUUGUAGUCGUAUAGUUAGACGGUCGUAUGCGUUUGUUUAGUCACAGUUUGUAUAUCUGAUAGCUUGUUAAUACGAUUUCCUGCAAAUAUUCGUAUAUUGAGUAUGUUAAUAUAGAUCUGAGAAUUUUAAAGUGGAUUUAACACUAUAAUUUCAUUAAAUUGUUAUUAAUUACUGAUUUCUAUAUAAAUAGGCAUUUGAAAAUCGCGUUAUAUAACAUCUGAUAGGCCGCUAAAGAAGUUAAUAUUAUAUAAAACUAAGGUUUUAAAUUUCAGAAAAUGAUCAAUAAAACGAUAACAACUUGUUUGCUACUCUUGCUAUCCAUUACCUCAUUAGUAAGUUAUUGAGUAACCUGUAAACCUCAAUUCCAUCAAAAACAAAUAAUUGUUUGUCAAAAAAUUGUUCGCAAUAAGCCGAUAAAUUAAUUGACACUUCGUCAACACAGAAACAAAAUUUUGUCUAGUUUUUAUAAAAAAUGAGUUCAAUUAAUUGAACUUGUAAGGAUCCGUUUUUUUGAUUAAAAAAUUGAUUUCAGAAUGCUGAAAAAUAUACGAUUCGUGCUCAACGAUCUUCCAAUGAUCCUCCAGCUGACCUUUUGACCAGGAACAAGGAGAUCUCUGAGCUGCCAACUCCACAAGCUCGUGUGAAACGAGAUGACAAAGUCGGUAAGUGUUUACAACAACACUUAUGUUCAAGGUUUUUUAUUAUUUAAGUAGUUAAAGAUCUUUUUGAGCACAAACUUUAGCGUUAGAUCUUUUAACUUAUUUCAAAAUAAAAUUAAUCUCUUUACGACAAUUAAUUAAACUGUCUUUUCAGAAGAAGGAUUGACGGAAAUCAAAGAAGGUGUGAAAGAUACGGCUGAGGGAAUUGGUGAAAGUGCUCAGGACGCUGCUCAUCACGCUGCUGCUGGAGCCAAACAAGUUGGUCAAUCAGUGAAACAUGGUGCUGAGAACGCAGCUGAGGGAGCAGGUGAAGCCGCUGGAAAAGCCUGGGAAGGUACGAAGGAAGUCGGAGCUGGAGCCAAAGAUGCUGCUGGUAACCUGGGAACAGGAGUUUGGAACGCUGCUGGUGAACUUGGCUCAGGAUUCAAAAAUGCCGCUGGCGAGAUUGGAGAAGGCGCCAAGAACGCAGCUGGUGAGAUUGGCGAAGGAGUUAGCAAAGCUGCAGGAAAUGUGAAAGAGACAGCUAAAGACAUUGGAGAAGGUGUCAGCAACGCUGCUGGAGCUGUUAAGGAUAAGGCUGUCGCUGCAGGUCAAGCUGUAGCUGAUAAAGCUGGAGAAGCCAAGGAUGCAGCCAAGAACGCAGCUAUUGGAGCUGGAGAAGCUGUAGGAGACGCUGCCAUUGCUGUUAAGGACAAAACUGUAGCUGUUGGACAAGCCGUUGGAGAGAAAGCUUCAGAAGUUGGCCAGGGAGUGAAGAAUGUAGCUGGCGACGCUGUUGACACCGCCAAAGAAGCCGGAGCUGCUGCUAGAGAUAAGGCUGUUGAGGUUGGAGAAGGAGCUAAGAAUGUUGCUGUUGGAGCUGGUGAGGCUGUUGGUGAUGCUGCUAUUGCUGCCAAGGACAAGACUGUAGCCGUUGGACAAGCUGUGGGAGAAAAGGCUUCUGAAGUCGGACAAGGAAUCAAGAAUGUUGCUGGAUAUGCUGUAGAUACAGUUAAAGAAGCUGGUGUAACAGUGAAAGACAAGGCUGUAGAAGUAGGAGUAGGAACUAAGAAUGUUGUUGUUGGAGCUGGAGAAGCUGUAGGAGAUGCGGCUAUCGCUGCCAAGGAUAAGACUGUAGCUGCUGGACAAGCUGUUGGAGAGAAGGCAUCAGAAGUCGGUCAAGCUGUUGGUGAUAAGGCUGUCCAAGCUAAAGACGCGGUCAAAGGAGCAGCUGCUGACGUUGGAGAGGGAAUCAGCAAUGCUGCUGGAAAGGUCAAACAGGUUGUGGUUGAGACUGCUGAAAAUGUGAGAAAAUCAGCUGCUGCUGCUGGUGAUGCCUUGGGAAAGAAGUUGGAAGCCGCUGGAAUUAAAAUGCAGGAAGCCGCCAAGUCUUCUGAAUCUAUUGAGAAGAGCAGCGAGGUUACUGCCUCUUCGUAA